AAGUACACGCUGAUCGACGAGCAGGACAUCCCGCUGGUGGAGAGCUACUCCUUCGAGGCUCGGAUGGAGGUUGAUGCUGAUGGAAAUGGUGCUAAAAUCUUUGCUUAUGCAUUCGACAAAAAUCGUGGAAGGGGAUCAGGACGUCUCCUGCACGAGUUGCUCUGGGAGAGGCACCGGGGAGGGAUUGCUCCUGGGUUUCAGGUGGUCCAUCUGAACUCGGUGACAGUGGACAACCGCCUGGACAAUCUGCGCCUCGUUCCGUGGGGGUGGAAGCCCAAAGCUGAAGAAAUCUCUAGCAAACAAAGGGAACAAAGUCUGUACUGGCUGGCAAUCCAACAGCUUCCCACAGACCCAAUAGAAGAGCAGUUUCCUGUCCUGAAUGUAACCAGAUAUUACAAUGCUAAUGGAGACGUCGUGGAGGAGGAAGAGAACUCCUGCACAUACUAUGAAUGUCACUACCCCCCAUGCACAAUGAUUGAGAAACAGCUACGUGAGUUCAACAUCUGUGGGCGCUGCCAGGUGGCGAGGUACUGCGGCUCGCAGUGCCAGCAGAAGGACUGGCCUGCUCACAAGAAGCACUGUCGGGAGAAGAAACGAACCUUCCAGCAGGAGCUCGGCCCAGAACGAUGACCAGGUGGCCCCAGGCCUCUCAGCAGCAGGAUUCCUCCCCAAAGGCAUUGGACUCUUGCUUUUGCACACUAUGACAGACUGCUUAUCCAAGCCAGAGGCACUGAAGAUAAACCCUGUGAUGCUUGAGCAGAAUGGCUGACUGGACUCUAAAAGGCAGCUCUGACUGGUGCUGUGGAAAGGGAUUGGGUCUGCCCCUUCCAGUAUUAUAUUCUCAAGCAAAAAGACUACUGUGGAGGCUCCAGGCAGGAAGCUUCUCAUUAUUUAUAUGUUAAUACGUUUGUAAACUUCAUGUACAGUUUUUGUUAGAAUUUCUUGAUAGGACUUCAUUAACUGUAAUGUUCAGAUGAGAACAUGUUGUUGGCCUCAAAGUUGAAAAAAAAAAAGAAAAACCAAGGAAAAAAAAAGUCAUGUAGCAAAAGCUUUUCCUCCCAUGUGGCAGAAGUGCCUGUGGCAGUGCCAAGGCCAGCAGGCAUGCUCUGGCCUCAGCACUUCCUCUGGAGAGCUCUGCAUGGAAGUUCUAU